AUGGCUAAUCUAAGUGAUUCAGAGUCUGUUAACUCUUUCACGUCGCAGGAGACGAGCAGUUCAGCUGGGUCCCUGCGUGACGCUCAACAACCACAGCAGUAUGUCCCCGAGACCAAGGGGGACGGUACAAACAAGCUGAAACUGGUCCGGACCGAGACUGUCAAGUCCCUGCAGGACAUGGGGAUGACUAAAAACGCGCCGAUCCCCGACGUCAAUGCACCACAGACCGCGAAGAAGACGGCCAUCUUCCCAGAGGAGUACACCAUGGAGACACCAACUGGUUUGGUCCCCGUGGCCACUUUGCAAUCGAUUGGGAGAACCGCAACAUCCAUCUCCAGAACGAGAACCAGACAGAUGGACCGUUCCAUUAGCAUGCGGUCCUCGCACUCUAACGACAAGGAGGAAGAGGAGGAGGCUGCAGAGGAGGAUGAGGAUGGGUCAGAGGAUCAGCAUUUGGAUCCGGACAUCGAGUUUGUGACGUUCGUUACGGAUGACCCGCAGAACCCACAUAACUGGCCCCUGUGGGUUCGAUGGAGUUACACCGCGUUGCUAUCCACACUGGUCGUCUGCGUCGCUUACGGGUCCGCGUGUAUCACCGGUGGUCUCGGUACCGUGGAGGAGAAAUUCCAUGUCUCGCUAGAGGCAGCCAUCCUGUCAUGUUCGCUUAUGGUUAUCGGUUUCGCAGUGGGGCCCCUGCUGUGGUCGCCCGUGUCUGAUCUGUACGGUAGAAAAGUCGCUUACUUCUUCUCCAUGGGGCUUUACACGAUCUUCAACAUCCCCUGCGCAUUGGCACCAAAUCUGGGCUGUCUAUUGGCCUGUAGGUUCAUCUGUGGUAUCUUCGCAUCCUCAGGUCUGUGCUUAGUCGGUGGGUCCAUCGCGGAUAUGUUCCCCUCGAAUUCAAGGGGUAAAGCCAUCGCGUUCUUUGCCUGGGCGCCCUAUGCGGGACCUUGCAUUGGUCCUCUAGUCAACGGGUUUAUCUCCGUCUCCACUGGGAGAAUGGACUUGAUCUUCUGGGUCAACAUGGCCUUCUGCGGGACAAUGUGGAUUGUCGCAUCUUUGAUCCCAGAGACUUACGCACCAGUCAUUUUAAAGAAAAGAGCAGUCAGACUUAGAAAGGAGACCGGGAACCCAAAGAUCAUGACAGAGCAGGAGGCCCAAGGGUUGAGUUUCAACGAAAUCUUGAGGGCUUGUCUCUUGAGACCGCUGUAUUUCGCAGUCACGGAACCAGUGUUGGUGGCCACAUGCUUCUACGUGUGUUUGAUUUACUCUCUACUGUACGCGUUCUUCUUCGCGUUCCCUGUCAUUUUUGGUGAUUUGUACGGUUACAAGGAUAACUUGAUUGGGUUGAUGUUCAUCCCAAUUUUGAUUGGUGCCACUUUUGCGUUGGCUUUCACCUUCUGGUGUGAGUCGAAGUAUAUGCAGAUUGUGAAGACGAGAAGACCAACACCUGAGGACCGUCUGCUCGGUGCCAUGAUCGGUGCCCCCUUCGCCGCUAUCGCAUUAUGGAUUCUUGGUGCCACUGCUUUGAAACGUAUCAUUUGGGUCGGCCCAGCAUCGUCUGGGUUAGCGUUCGGUUUCGGUAUGGUUCUGAUUUACUACUCCUUGAACAACUACAUCAUUGACUGCUACGUCCAAUUUGCCUCGAGUGCUCUGGCUACAAAGGUUUUCCUGAGAUCCGCAGGUGGUGCUGCCUUCCCAUUAUUCACGACGCAAAUGUACCAUAAAUUGAAUCUGCAUUGGGGGUCCUACCUACUAGCCUUUAUUUCUACUGCUAUGAUCGCUCUCCCAUUUGCAUUCGCAUACUGGGGGAGAGAUCUAAGACACAAGUUGUCCAAGAAGGACUACUCCAUUGACACAAUUGAUGACUGA